AUGCGUAUCGCCUGUCUCCAAUUUGCACCACAGCUCGCCGAGGUUGAUCAAAAUAUCGAGCGAGCGGAUGCCAUCUUGGAACGGGCUGACCCGCAGGACAUUGACCUGCUUGUCCUCCCCGAGCUGGCCUUUUCCGGCUACAACUUCAAAUCGCUCGGUCACAUCUCGCCGCAUCUGGAGCUGACCGAGGCUGGCAUCAGCACAGCAUGGUCACGACAAGCUGCGUUAAAGUACGACUGUGUCGUUGUCACGGGCUACCCAGAGAAGAUAGACCCUGUGGAGUGUUGGCCGUCCGACCCAGAGUACUACAAUUCCGCCAUCAUCGUGGACGGUGAUGGCGACGUCGUCGGAAACUACAGAAAGUCGCACCUGUACUACACCGAUGAAACGUGGGCGCUGGAAGGUCGCCGCGGAUUCUACACUGGCCAGGUCCAAGGGCUGGGCAACAUGGUGCUCGGCAUCUGCAUGGACAUCAACCCUUACAAGUUCGAAGCCCCAUGGGAGGAGUAUGAAUUCUCCAGCCAUGUGCUCAAGACAGGUGCGCGGCUUGUGGUGCUUAGCAUGGCCUGGUGCACCCAUGUGGACCAAGAAGACUUCUUCCACAAGCCCGCUGAACCAGAUAUGGACACCUUGUUGUACUGGAUCACCCGCCUGCAGCCCAUCAUUUCCAUUGACUCGAAUCAAGAGACCAUAAUUGUCUUUGGGAACAGAUGCGGGGCGGAAGGGGACGCCACAUAUGUUGGCACAAGUACUGUCCUCGGCAUCAAGUCCGGCGAAAUCUCGUUGUACGGUAUUCUUGGCCGUGACGAAGAAUCUCUGCUGGUGGUUGAUACAGACGCCUUGCCGUACGCAAAACUGAACCUACAGAACCAGGAGCCUGCUCCGGUGCCAAACCGAGGUGAUGACGCCCGAGAAACACAGGAUCACCACCACGGAGGGCCCUCCGAAGGACGGAGAAAUGAAAACGCUUCAGGAACAAGCACUUUAAACGGCAUGGGGACGAAUCAGACGCCCCCGACUGAUGUGCAGGAGCACACUCUAGACACGAUCAUGAUAACAAGGGGCCCGGAAAGAGAUCCGCAUCAAAACGACUACUGGAUGGAAACAUCACGCCGGCCUCGUGAGCAUCCCACCAGUGGGCCUUUCAGGGUUGAUGGUAGCAGUGUCGGAAUUACGUCCUCUAGUAGCCACGUCAGCUACACCCAGUUCACACAAUCACACGUUGCUGCUCCUGUCACACAGCAACGCGACAUUGAUGAGAUGCGCCCGACAAUGAGUGAAGGCAACUUCAAUAAUAAUCGGUUGGACGAGUUCUCUGACGGCGAUGAAGAAUCACUGCUCUCUGGCUCAUAUUCUGAAAGCGAUGAUGAGUCUGAUGGGCGGCGGCGCCAUGCCGCCAGCACCCAGCGGGGAAACAGGACCCGGGAUGCUGGCAAGCGAUACCCAACCACACAUCGGUCACAAGUCGGGCUGCCGAACGCACACCCAGAGCAAGACAACGCUUCAGAAUCGUCUCUUGUACAAAGGAUAUCGGCCUUUGCCCUUGAGAGUGAAGCCUUGCCAACGUCCACCACGGAAAACUUCAAGGAAGAAGACAUAUAUAAAUAUGUCCGCGGCGAGAACCUGACGUCCGAGCACCAUAUCCGGUACCAUACACAUUUGCUCAAAGAGAGACGGGCUAGACAAGGUCUUCCUGCCGAUGGCGAGGAUGACGAGGAUGACCAAGAAGAAUGCCAAGAGGAGCAAGAGGAAGAUAUUUUUUUGGAAGCGCACAUCGAUCACAACGAGCCGCGCCGAGACCAAAGAAAUGUUACUGCUGUCGAGCCGGAGAGCAUGGAGCUACCCAUCUUGGUGCCCGCCUCUCACAACCGCUUACGCACAGGUCUCGAUGCACAGCCAAACUAUACUUUCGGUAGUGUGGCCCAGACCAGGCAGCCGUUUUGGCAGGACCAUCCGGCUGAGCCAACACCGAUCGCGGACACUCCGAUGAGCCACAUGACACAGUUUUCACAAACACGAACCAGACGACGUCAUGAGAGACAAGCACCUGCGUUUGCCAUGGCAGACUCAACCCAAACAAGACGCCAGUCGCAGGGAAGACACGCGGGAGAACCCGAUACUGGGAUUAAGACAGGAGACUCCCGGGCAGGCGAGAUCAGAAUCGCAAGCAUCCCAGAGCUUGCCAGUAUCGACGACGAUGACCAUGCGGCAUAUAAUGAACGACUGCCAGCGCUGAGCAGGUCCAAGGCCAAGGAAAACUCGGUCCCUCUGCAAGAUCCCUCUCGAAGACCAAAAGCAGCGGCUAGGCAGGUGCCCCCGUUGAGACUGGUGCCUAGAGAGGCGCCAAAGGAGAAGCAAAGGGAGAGGGAGGUCCGUGAGCGGUCACGGCGCACACCGAGACAGACGCCGACUGCUAGGGAGGCGGAAAGGCCCAGACAACGUGAUAGAGAUGACCGUGACAGGGGUCGCAAGACGCCCGUGCCAAUGGUGCUCGUAUAUGAAGGAGAAGGAGAGAACAUGCCACUGCCUCAGAGGCGUUAUUGA